AUUUAUUGCAAACAUCCAGAAUUUGGUCCCUGAAAAUUUGUAUAAAAGUCCAGCUCGAUGCACCAAACUGCAUCACUCAGGUUUGAAUCAUUUAAAGAGUUCACACCAAAUUAAAUAAAAUGAAGUUCAUCGUAGUUGCUUUGGCUUUAAUUGGUGCUGCAAUUGCCCUCCCACCACCAGGACAUGUUGGUCUAGUUCAGGUGGCUCCGGCCCAUGGAACACUUCUUCACGGAGGUAUAUUGGGUCAUGCUCCACCUGCGGUAGUUGGGGUUAUAAAUCCCCAUCAUGACGCUGCAAUUGGAUCAGCUUUCCAAGCCGGAUACCAACAUGGUCUCGCUUCCAGCCAUAACCUUGCAAAUCAUGGUACCCUUCUUCCCGUUCAUGGGGGACAUCAACCUCUUUUACCAGCGACUCCAAAGCAUUAUGACAAGUAAAUUACGGAAGUCUGUACGGAUUAAAUUAAAAUAAAUGGAUAAUUUCAAAAACAAA